GACCAUGGACGCGCUGCAGUGCAAUGCGGUCUCUCACUCUCUCCAGCCUGCUGUGAUUGUGAGUUUAGAUUUUGCUUUUUCGUUGUUUUACGGGCAAACCCUAGGCUCGUAAUCCUUCCACUGCCUCGAUGAAGCUCGUCAGGUUUCUGAUGAAACUGAACAAUGAGACUGUUUCCAUCGAACUCAAGAAUGGGACGGUAGUCCACGGAACUGUUACAGGUGUUGACAUAAGCAUGAACACCCAUCUGAAAACUGUCAAGCUUGCAUUGAAGGGAAGGAAUCCCGUGGCUUUAGAUCAUCUGAGCGUCAGGGGUAACAACAUUCGGUCUUACAUCCUUCCCGACAGCUUAAACCUCGAGACUCUCCUAGUGGAAGACAUACCUAAGGUGAAGCCCAAGAAGCCAACAGUUGGGAAGACUUUUGGGCGAGGUCGCGGGCGUGGUCGUGGCCGUGGACGUGGUCGAGGUCGCUAGAUGGUAUUAAUACUAUGGGCUCAAAUCAUCUUAACUUUGAUAGCAUACUGCGAGAUCACGUCCUUAUCGAAAACGUAUUGGAUUGUUAACUUCGUUUGUUCUUGCAGUUGCCAAUGUCCAGCCAUCUUUGCUUGGCCUGGUAUCAUUUCUUACUAUAUAAAUAUUUCAUAGAAUUUUGUUUAAUACGGAACUGUUAAACAUAUCUCCUAGGCAAGUUGUAUUGUUUUGCAUUUGCCAAGGCAUACAAUGUCGAGAAAAACAAUAUAAAUAUUGUCAAGAAAAUCGUGAAAGGGGAGACAUUUGCUUGUG